GCCCGCCCCUUCCGGCUCCUCCCGGUUGUGCGUGAAGAGCGUGUGUUGGGGCGGUCACUGUCAUCGCGGUGAGGACCAUGUUGCGGCCGAACAUCUUGCUCACGGGUACACCAGGGGUUGGAAAAACCACACUAGGCAAAGAACUUGCAUCAAGAUCAGGACUGAAAUACAUUAAUGUGGGUGAUUUAGCUAAAGAAGGGCAGUUAUAUGAUGGCUAUGAUGAAGAGUAUGAUUGUCCCAUUUUAGAUGAAGAUAGAGUAGUUGAUGAGUUAGAAAACCAAAUGAAAGAAGGCGGAGUUAUCAUUGAUUACCAUGGUUGUGAUUUCUUCCCUGAACGCUGGUUUCAUAUAGUUUUUGUGUUGAGAACAGAUAACAGUGUAUUGUACAAAAGACUUGAAACAAGGGGUUAUAAUGAGAAAAAACUACAAGACAAUAUUCAGUGUGAAAUUUUCCAAGUUCUUUAUGAAGAAGCCAUGGCAUCCUACAGCGAAGAAAUAGUGCAUCAGCUGGCUAGCAAUAAACCAGAAGAUCUAGAAAAUAAUAUAAAUCAGAUAUUGAAAUGGAUUGAACAAUGGAUCAAAGAUCAUAGCUCUUGACUUGCAAGACUGGCCCCAUUAUAGUCACUCUUACUGAUCUCUCUCUCCCCACAUUAUAGAAAUUGUCCAACUAUCAGUAAAACUUUUGUGUUAAAAUUGUGUUGCAGGACUAGCAUGUGGAUAGUAUAAAAGGUUUAUGCCUGGGCUCUUUUUUCUCCAUGAGAAAGCUAAACAAUCUCAAAUAUAAUGAAAUAACAUUAGUAAGGAUUGAGAGUAAAGACUGUCAUUGUUUAAUGCUUCAAUUGUUAUGGGAUAAAUAAAUCUGACAAGUGGGUAGAUAUCUGAUAAAUUUAUUACAGAAAAAGAUAGUCUCUUAAAAUAAAACUUAAG